UUGGGGUUUCCUGGUUUCUCUUUCAUUGCUGACUCCUUUCAGUGCGGAGAAAUGGAGUUAUCUGGUGAUGAAAACGUGAUUCUCGGAGAAGUCGGGUUGCCAGCUGCUGAUAAUCUCAAAAGAAGUGGAGACGUUGCUGAAGACGGGAAAGUGGACAGUAAAAAGAAACGGACCGAGUCGUGUUUUGACCAGCCUGUGGACUCAAGUGUUCAUGAAGUCAUCAAGUAUUCACCUUCUGCUCUUCCUGCCAAACAUUACGAUGCAGACACAACCGAACCAAUCAGCUGUGGUCUAUCCUGUAUGAAUGACUUGUUGUCAUGGAACCGAAGCGAGGCGAACCCCUUCAACGUGGCAGCCGUUCCUCUGGCAUCUCGGAAGCCCCGUCUGGUCAACUGUCUACGCCGGACAUUGGUGUCCCAUGAUAUGAUGGGUGGCUACCUGGACGACCGGUUUGUCCAAGGCACCAGUUCAGAGGAACCCUAUGCCUUCUACCAUUGGCAGUACAUAGACAUUUUUAACUACUUCACUCAUCAGAUGGUCACUGUUCCUCCAGCCGUGUGGACGAAUGCUGCACAUAAACAUGGAGUCAUAGUUCUUGGGACUUUCAUCACAGAGUGGACUGACGGAGCGGCAGUGUGUGAGGCCUUCCUGAAAGAUGAGGAGUCGUACCGGGCCGUGGCUGACAAGCUGGUCCAGAUCAGUCAUUAUUACGGCUUUGAUGGCUGGCUCAUUAACAUAGAGAACACUCUGAGUGAAGGAGCUGUGAAGAACGCUCCGCUGUUUCUGCGCUACCUGACGGAGCAGAUGCACGAGCGAGUGCCCAGCAGCCUGAUCCUGUGGUACGACAGUGUCAUUGAGAACGGAAAGCUUCAGUGGCAGAAUGAACUCAACCAGUCCAACAGGAUAUUUUUUGAUGCCUGUGAUGGCUUCUUUACAAACUACAACUGGACAGAGGAAAACCUGGAGUGGAUGAAGGACUACUCUGUGGUCCAAGGCCGUCAGGCUGAUGUGUACAUAGGGGUGGAUGUGUUUGCCAGAGGGAAGGUGGUGGGAGGGAUGCUGGAAACCAAUAAGGCUCUGGACGUCAUCCGAAAGCACAACUUCUCUGCAGCCAUCUUCGCUCCAGGAUGGGUGUAUGAGAGUCAAAGUGAUAAGAGCAAAUUCCGCACCCAUCAAGACAAGUUCUGGGCUCUGCUCUCAGAUUACCUGUACAUCCACCGACCAGCUUCACAGCUUCCAUUCAUCUCCUCCUUCUGCCAGGGCUUUGGGAAAGCAGUCUACAGGGAAGGACAGCAUGAGACGGCAAAGAGCUGGUUCAACCUGGCUGCUCAGGAGAUCCAGCCGUUGUACUACCACAUGGCUCUGGAGGACGGGGGCUGGGUCAGGAGCAGCGGCUGCCCUGAAGACGCCUGGAAUGGAGGCUGCUCUCUGCUGCUGGACGGACUCAUCCCCUCAACUUUAAACACUCCAAUUUGUGCCAAGAUUUUCUCGCUCCAUGUGCCGCUGGAUUCCAGGAUCAUGGUAACUCUGGUGUACAAAGCGUCUGCUGGCAUCACCGUCUCUUUGCAGCUGAGGACAACAGAUUCUUCUCACUGUUCCCACACUGAUGUCCAUGAGGUCACAUUAAACAGUGUGACCCCUGAGACUGUGGGAAGUGGAUCGCAGCUAGAGAGCCAGAUGUCUGAGCUCUGUGGAAACAGAGACCUGCAUGGAUGGACUGUUAGAUGUUCACAACUGGAGCUUCAUGGCUGCAUUCUCAGAGAAGUGUGUGUCCUUAUCCAUCGGGAAGGGGAGCCUCAGGACACGACUUUCAGCUGCAGAGUGGGAGAGAUCAAGGUACUGGACGUGGGUACUCUGCAGCCACCCACUGACGCUGUUCGGGGCUUGUGCAUUGAUGAUGUGGUUUGGCUCCGUGGUGCCGGUUCAUCACCAGAGAGUUCGUCCUCUUGCCUGCGCCUCAAUGCCACCCUGCGCUGGGACUACCCUGUGGAAUCUGUGCGCCACUUCAGGGUGCACUGGAGAAGGCUGAGAGGACCGGACCCAAGAACCCCUCCAGGUCAGCUGGAGCUGCUGGCCCGGGCCUACUCCAACCAGUUCAGGGUGACAGAGCUGCUUGUGCCUAAGCCGCCCAGCGUGUUGGAGUUGCUGGUGGAGCCGGUGACCAGGUGGGGCUCCCUCGUCCCGGAGAGCCGGUGGGGAAGAAGACAGCUCAGCUACACAGAAUGAGCUGAACAUGGAUUUCAUACAAGGAACUGUAUGCAAAUACGUUCAACACUUUAAAGACUUUCAUUUAUACAUUUUGAGCGUGGAUGGUUUUUGUAGCAGAUGGAAUCAUCUCAAACAGAGAAACCACCUGAACCUGAGCACAGUUAAAGUUUUUAUUUUUAAGUAAUAAAUAAUGCGGUUAGAGUAACAAGCCCAUCACAACCCCAGUUCUCUUUUUGAUCCAGCCAUUGUUUCAUAUAAACAGAUUAAGAUUAUAAUCAGAAUUUAUUUGUCGGAAUCACAAACAUUUACUUGUUUAUUGCAGGCUUCACAUAUCAUGUUUUCAUGUUGCCUGUUUUACAUAUAUAGUCCACUUGAUGUCACAGUAGAGCAAAAGAAGCACCACGGCACAUGAAGCUUCAUCCCACCAUCACUAGUUACUAGGGCAACCUCUGAGUCUCAAACUGCAUUCCUCGAAAAGCUUACAGCGCCUUCAAGUGUGUGAGAAGGACACAUUUAAAAGCUGUAGGACUGUGGCUCUGGACAAAUGUAUUUCUGAGACCACUGUUCCAACCACGCAAACUUCAUGGUCUUCAUAGAAGCCAUAACGAUGAGUUGCUACGUAAAAAGUGAGUUGGCCACUCAUUGACCAGAAGUGGCUGGUCUCAUUUUUAAAAAUCCAUCAAUUGAUAAGUUUUCUUAUUUCUGUGAAAAACAAGGUGGCUAGAAGCUUCCAUGAUUGGUCACGCUAGGAGAUACAGAGACACAGAGCGAGGUUUGAAGGAGAACCAGAACAUUUAGUCUGAUUUCAUUUUAGAAAGUUAUACUUUGUAUAUUUUUAUACAGUGUAUGCAUAUACCUGUUUUCAACUGUGAGCACUAAACACUUUGUAUUGGUUAACCACAUACCACCUCAAUAAAAUACAGAAAAGUAUGCAAACAUAAAAUGUAAAGUGUUCAAGUGCAUCAAUAUUCUAGCAAGGCAAUACAGAUGGCUAACUCAAAAGGUUGAAAUAAAAACAGAAAACACACACAACUCAGUCCCAGUUCUUUCCUGUCAUGUUAUCGUUCUGCAAAGCAAACAUGUGGCCUCAGUGACCAGACUCCACCGCCGUGUCAGAAAUCCAAUACAGUGAGACUUCUAUCAGUGUGAUGAGAGUAAUCUAAAACAGCUCAAUUUAUCAAUUUAAGUAUUGAUAACUCCACUGUAAGAAUGGAACACAAUCAUGCCAGACAUUCCUUCAUUCUUUAUUUUGAUGAUAGUGGUUGAGAGCACCACUUCAUAAAACCACAGACAUUUAUUUUUUGUGAAAUCUGCAUUUUCUAUACCAGCUUAUCUUUGCUGGGUCACAGGAUGCCUGGUGCAUUUCUCCAGCUGUCAUGAAGGAGGUGGGGUUCUUCCUGGACACAGGGCCAUAUAAACACACACACACACACACACGCACACACAGACACACACACACACCCACACACACAGACACACACACACACACAGGGCAAUUUAUAAGGACCAAUUAUCCUUAUUUGCUAAAUUCUGGGAUGUGGGAGGAAACCUCAUGCAGAAAGGCUUAGGUGGGGAUUCGAACCAUACUUCUCAAAAUAUCAGCUGAGCUUACAGUUUGAUCAGGACAUUAUUGUGGAGGAUAUCAUCCAUAUCAGGACUAAAAUGUUUUUGCUCCAAUUUUCAUUUCUACCAUUUUCCAAUUGGAAAAGUGGAGCCUAAACCUUUUCAACACCCUUAUGCAGAUUCAAUUCAAAAUGCUUUAUUGAUCCCAACGGGAAAUUAAAUGUUAUAACUCAUUAAUUCAAAUUCUUUAGAGAGUCACUGUAGAUGGUGACGGCAUAAUGAUGGUGUAGAUUAUAGAGACAUAACCCACAGAUCCCAUGCAUAUGGUGCCAAAUGUUACGUUUUAUGGCCAUUCGUCAACUGCAAAUCAAUUCAUCCAGUGAAAGUUAGUAGUUUAGAUCCAUGUUUCUCAUAGAAGCAUGCCAAAAAAAAAAGAAAGAAAACGUACAAGAGUAUUUAUAAAAGAAAGUUGUAUUUAGUGACUGGAAUUGACAGAACUUUCAGUCUAGUACACCUGAUAUCAAAGUCAAUUUUGGAAAGCAAGUAAAAAAAAAAAAAGAAGAAUUUCUG